AUGUCGUCCUGCGGGAGACGUGUCGUAAGUGAAUUCAGCUACAGCACCCCAAAAGUACCAGCUGUAGCUCCCCAAAGCAUCAGCUACAGCUCCCCAAAGCAUCAGCUACAGCUCCCCAAAGUAUCAGCUACAGCUCCCCAAAGUACCAGCUACAGCUCCCCAAAGCAUCAGCUACAGCUCCCCAAAGUAUCAGCUACAGCUCCCCAAACAUCAGCUACAGCUCCCCAAAGUAUCAGCUACAGCUCCCCAAAGUACCAGCUACAGCUCCCCAAAGCAUCAGCUACAGCUCCCCAAAGUAUCAGCUACAGCUCCCCAAAGUAUCAGCUACAGCUCCCCAAAGUACCAGCUACAGCUCCCCAAAGUAUCAGCUACAGCUCCCCAAAGUAUCAGCUACAGCUCCCCAAAGUACCAGCUACAGCUCCCCAAAGUAUCAGCUACAGCUCCCCAAAGUACCAGCUACAGCUCCCCAAAGCAUCAGCUACAGCUCCCCAAAGUAUCAGCUACAGCUCCCCAAAGUACCAGCUACAGCUCCCCAAAGCAUCAGCUACAGCUCCCCAAAGUAUCAGCUACAGCACCCCAAAAGUACCAGCUGUAGCUCCCCAAAGCAUCAGCUACAGCUCCCCAAAGUAUCAGCUACAGCUCCCCAAAGUACCAGCUACAGCUCCCCAAAGCAUCAGCUACAGCUCCCCAAAGUAUCAGCUACAGCUCCCCAAAGUAUCAGCUACAGCUCCCCAAAGUACCAGCUACAGCUCCCCAAAGUAUCAGCUACAGCUCCCCAAAGUAUCAGCUACAGCUCCCCAAAGUACCAGCUACAGCUCCCCAAAGUAUCAGCUACAGCUCCCCAAAGUACCAGCUACAGCUCCCCAAAGCAUCAGCUACAGCUCCCCAAAGUACCAGCUACAGCUCCCCAAAGUACCAGCUACAGCUCCCCAAAGUACCAGCUGUAGCUCCCCAAAGCAUCAGCUACAGCUCCCCAAAGUAUCAGCUACAGCUCCCCAAAGUACCAGCUACAGCUCCCCAAAGUAUCAGCUACAGCUCCCCAAAGUACCAGCUACAGCUCCCCAAAGCAUCAGCUACAGCUCCCCAAAGUACCAGCUACAGCUCCCCAAAGUACCAGCUACAGCUCCCCAAAGUACCAGCUGUAGCUCCCCAAAGCAUCAGCUACAGCUCCCCAAAGUAUCAGCUACAGCUCCCCAAAGUACCAGCUGUAGCUCCCCAAAGCAUCAGCUACAGCUCCCCAAAGUAUCAGCUACAGCUCCCCAAAGUAUCAGCUACAGCUCCCCAAAGUACCAGCUACAGCUCCCCAAAGUACCAGCUACAGCUCCCCAAAGUAUCAGCUACAGCUCCCCAAAGUACCAGCUACAGCUCCCCAAAGUACCAGCUGUAGCUCCCCAAAGCAUCAGCUACAGCUCCCCAAAGUACCAGCUACAGCUCCCCAAAGUACCAGCUACAGCUCCCCAAAGUACCAGCUACAGCUCCCCAAACUACAGCUCCCCAAAGUACCAGCUACAGCUCCCCAAAGUACCAGCUACAGCUCCCCAAAGUACCAGCUACAGCUCCCCAAAGUACCAGCUACAGCUCCCCAAAGUACCAGCUACAGCUCCCCAAAGUACCAGCUACAGCUCCCCAAAGUACCAGCUACAGCUCCCCAAAGUACCAGCUACAGCUCCCCAAAGUACCAGCUACAGCUCCCCAAAGUACCAGCUACAGCUCCCCAAAGUACCAGCUACAGCUCCCCAAAGUACCAGCUACAGCUCCCCAAAGUAUCAGCUACAGCUCCCCAAAGUACCAGCUACAGCUCCCCAAAGUACCAGCUGUAGCUCCCCAAAGCAUCAGCUACAGCUCCCCAAAGUACCAGCUACAGCUCCCCAAAGUACCAGCUACAGCUCCCCAAAGUACCAGCUACAGCUCCCCAAAGUACCAGCUGUAGCUCCCCAAAGCAUCAGCUACAGCUCCCCAAAGUACCAGCUACAGCUCCCCAAAGUACCAGCUACAGCUCCCCAAAGUACCAGCUACAGCUCCCCAAAGUACCAGCUACAGCUCCCCAAAGUACCAGCUACAGCUCCCCAAAGUACCAGCUACAGCUCCCCAAAGUACCAGCUACAGCUCCCCAAAGUACCAGCUACAGCUCCACAACAUGCCAGCAGAUAG